AUGUUUCAGAUUCCUAUUUUGAUCACAAUGUUCAUCUCAGAUGUCAAUGAUGUCGCCCCGAAGUUUGUCAAUUUGCCAUAUGAAGUGACGGUCAAAGAGAAUGCUAAAAAUGGCUCUGUAAUAUUCAACGGUGUCUCUGCUGAAGAUCCAGAUAAUGGCAGAGGUGUUCUUUUUACAAUGGAG